AUGGAAAGCAAUCAUUCUUCAGUCGAGGUGCUGGUCAUUGGGUCAGGCAUUGGGGGUUUGUCUGCGGCCAAAACGUAUCUCGAGCUGCAACCAUCCACAGAUCUCCUUAUUGUCGAACAACGGAAGAGCCUCGGCGGCGUGUGGGCUUACGAGAACUGCUACGAAGGCCUCAAAACGAAUAAUUUAUCCGGCACUUACGAGUGGCCAGAUUUCCCAAUGGAAGCGGAAAAAUACGGCGUCAAGGUAGGCGGCCACAUUCCGGGCAUGGCUAUGCAUAAAUACAUGGUCGACUUUUCUAAGCACUUUGGCCUUUACGAGCGCAUCGAGUUCCGCUCUACUGUCCUCGAGGUCGAAAAGAUGAGCGACAAAAGCUGGAACGUGACGAUCGAGACAGCUGCCGCGGAUGACUCGAAAUCAAUCCGCGUUAUCAACUGCACGAAGCUCAUUGUUGCCAGCGGUCUCGCCUCCAAACCGAAUCCCAUCACACUACCCGGUCAGGAGCAUUUCGGCCGGCCGAUCAUGAAUCAGGGCAAACUUCGCACCGAGGGUCAAGCUGCGGCCGAUGAUCCCAACGUCAAGUCAGUCACCAUCAUUGGCGCCAGUAAAUCAGGCUACGAUGCAGUCUUCCUCAUGGCGUCCCACGGCAAAAAGGUGGACUGGAUCAUCCGAAAGUCCGGUGGCGGAGCCUCGGCCAUGGCGCCUCCAUGGAUUCCGCUACCAGGUCGGGGCAUGGUGAUGAUAGAGCACGCAGCUACCAUGCGCUACUACACAUGGAUGUCGCCCUGCAUUUGGGGAAAUUACGACGGCUUCGGCUGGAUCAGGAGCUUCUUCCACGGCACCCGGAUUGGUCGGUGGCUGACUUACCACUUCUGGGAGAAGCUUCGUUUGGAUGGCGUUGCGGGCAAUGGAUACAGGGAAGACGAAUCAAUCAAGCAUUUGGAGCCGGACGAAGGGCUGUUCUGGACUUCCCGCGUUGGUAUCCACAACUAUACGACGAAGGAUGGAUCAAUCCACGAAUACGUCAAAUCCGGACAGGUGAAAAUCACCAAAGACGACAUCACAGAGCUUGCACCGAACGGGACCAUCAAUCUGGCCGGCGGAGGCCAAAUCUCGACCGAUUGCCUAAUUCAGACCACCGGCUGGAGCCUUCUCCCUUCUGUGAAAUAUUCUCCGGCUGGGAUAGAAGCCCAGAUUGGUGUCCCACACAUACCCAAGGAUGAAGCUGAAGUACGCUUUUGGAGUGAACUGGACCGAAGAGCCGAUCAAGAGAUCCUGCGCCGCUUCCCCGCUCUUCAGAACCCGCCGAAGAAAGUCCUCCCCUACAAGUACGACGAGACGCCAUUGCGUAUGUAUCGUGGCAUCGCCCCACCCGGAUUGACGGUGGAAGGUGACAAUAGCAUCGCCUUCAUCAAAAUGGUGCACUCGACAUCGAAUUUCCUGAUCGCGGAGGUGCAAUCUCUGUGGGCAUUUGCUUAUUUGCAAAACAAAUUGCCUAUCGAUCGAGACCGAGUUUUCUGGAGUACAGCACUAACCAGUCGCUACGGGAAGGUCCGGUACCCAUGUGGCUUUCCCCACGAGUUCAUCUGGGACGUAGUCCCUUACGCCGACAUGCUGCUGACGGAUCUGGGUCUCCGGAGAUGGAGGAAAAACACGUGGACCUCCGAAAUUUUCGACGGUUAUGUUGUACAAGACUACAAAGGGAUAAAUAGAGAGUGGAAGCAGAAGUUCGUCAGUGCUGCAUAA